GUUUCAGUUAAAAUGAAACAAAAUGGUUGAAACGGAUAAGAUGAUAACAUGCGUGACUCUCCUGCAUGGAAAAGAUCUUGACUCUCUGAUCGGCAGCGACAAGACGCUUGUUCGUGUACAGGAGCUGACGCAGGAGGAAUCACUUGACAAACUCUUGCUUGUAAAACUCAUUGCCACAAAAGUAUAUACAUAUCCAAAUGGAAAGACGCUCACUAGAUGUGAAGUUAAGGAGAUCAUAAACCCAGAUGAACCAGAUGUACUUCCUGAAACUUUUACUCGUCUAGUUCUACAUGGAGCUUACAGUGAUCAGUUCAUUUCACACAAGGUUGAGAUCGGUUGGUUAAUGCUGAUCCAGUAUCCUAAGAUCGAAGAAUAUUCACCACUACCUCACGAAGUUCUAUCUGAAGCUAGAUCUCCUUGGACUAUCCGGAUAGUUGCACGGAGAAACAAACUCCUGCCCGUAGUAAAAUUCAUCCUUCUCCAUUCUCCUCGACUCCAACCUAUACCUGAACCUCUAGUUUCUCAACCAAGCUCAUCCCAAACUCGUCCAUUCCUCUCCGAGACUCUAAUCAUUGAAAAUCUUUUUAAGAGCGGGAAUGAUUUUACUCCGUCCUUCCCUGGUAGUGUUGAACCUCCAGCUCCGUCGGUUGAGCCUGGUAACAAUCUAGUAGAGAAGGGAACCUCGGGGGAACCAAGUGUAAGAGAAUUAAAAUCUCCUGUUCCCUCAACCUCCACUCAGGAAACAAAUCCUCCAGCUGCUUCAGCUACGUCUACUGCUGAUACUGCUAGUGUUGCUCCUCAUGCAGCGGCUAUUGCUUGCGUUGCUCCUGGAGUUGCUACUGCUCUUGUAGGUCCUGUAGGUCCUGAUCCUGUAUUCCGUAGGAUGCGUCCUCUCAUCUACUUCCGGGAUGAAGGGCGGAAAUAUUCAACUCUCAAGGAGUGCCGGGUCAAGAAAACUAAAUAUAACGUAUUUGCAGUGGUCAGUGAGAUACUAGAACUCCCGCAAAAGAGGAAAGAUAAGCUUGUAAUGAAAAUGCGGAUCCAAGAUGAGAGUUUAGAUCAUUCUGGUGUACGUGGAAGCUUCAAGUUUGAUAUCUUGACAUCGUAUAUGAACGAAAUCCCUGUGAUACAGGCUGGUUCCAUCCUCCGCAUACAUAAUCUUGUCGUAGAGGUUUUCAUGGGUAUUCCAGACGGCAGAGUUUUCAAUGCGCUCAGUGUUACUUCUGUAAACGGAGGUGUUGAUGAUCCUGUUAUCACUGAGAGUGGCAAACCUGAAGGAGAAUUAAUCUGGAAACCAACUGAUACAACGAGGGUUGAACAACUCAGACUCUGGUACUCAAACAGAAACAAGGGAAAAUGUGUGGAUAGACUGCUGGAGGAUAUAAAGGAACAAUGUAUAUUCAAUCUCUACUGUAGAGUAUCAAGUAUCCGGGAUAUAAGUGAGGAUACUAGAGUAUAUAGGGUUGAGGACGGUACCAUAUCUUCUCUGCUCUCUCUAGAGAUAACUGAUUCACAAACUCAGGAUUUUGAUUUCGGUGUCGGAGAAGACAAACCCUUCAUAGAUAUCUUUGUAAAGAAUCCAGAGCAAAUUAAAGGGUUGGAUGUUGCUGCUGGUCAGUAUGUAUACCUAGAGAAGGUUCAGUGUGGAGUAGACGAGGUGGAUCAGAGUCAAAACCUGGAAUCUUUAAACCAGUAUUUUAAAUUUAGUUUAAACAGUCAAGGAGGAAGUAGGGUGAACAUAUUAGAUUCAGACUCUACGCAGGAAGCCCAGCUCCGGAAUAGACUCGGAGACAGACGAGAUGAUUCAUCCCUGGUGGACAGCUACCUUGAGGACAUAAUAAACUUUGCCAAUAACGGAACUCCAAUGCCAAGUCCGAAGAAAAGAACUGGGAACUUUCAAGAUGGCUGUUUGAGACCUAACAGCGUUUUUUAUACUUUCGACAAAACCAAACGUAAUUUAGGAAAUACAAACUCUAAGAUUUCUCCGGAAGUUCCUAUUCAGAGGGAUAUUUCAUCUCCGGGUCGGAAAGAUGUAGGAGAAGAGCAGAAUAGAUUCUCUGAAGAAGUUUCAACUCAAAGUACACCCUUGAGAACCUCUCUGAGUGACACAGUCUGGAGUAUUGAGAGGCCUAGUGUUGAGGAUAAAGGUUGCCAGACACCUGAACCUGCUAAUCACGGACCAAAGAGAUCCCUGUUUACAAACCCUUCAACGUCCAACUCUAUCAGUCCUAGUUCAAUCUCAAGUCCAGAGAAACGGAAGGGAACCUUUAAACGAUCUAGAGAGGAAGAAGACUCGAGUGAAAAUAUUUCUAAACCACAUAAAAAAAUCAAAUUAAAACAUCCUAGCAACAAAGGUAGUGCUGAAAAACAGAAAAAUGGCGCAAUUACCAAAACUAAAGAUGAUGAUGAUGAUGAACAUCCCAACAACAAAGGUAGUGCUGAAAGACAAGAAACUGCUGAAGAUACCAUGGACAACGAGGAACAGUCUGGCAACGAAGUUACUGCUGAAGAACAAGACAAUGAUGUAAACACUAAGGAUAAAGAGGAUUUGGAGGAAAUUAUUAAUGAAAGAAGGUCGUCUCGUAGUAGCUUAUCCCUGACUAACUUCCAGAACGGACAGAAGCUAGUUGAAUCAAGCACUUCCGGUUCCAUCAACUCAUCCAGAUAUCGGGUGCAUGUAGCAGUAUUUAACGAAGGAGAAGAAGGCUUCCAGGAAAAGCAAGAUUUAUUAGAAGAAUUAAAGAUUAAAGAGGAUGAAAAGAAAAGGGAGGAUAAAAAGAUGAAGGAGGCUAAACAAAUGGCAGAAAAGAAAGCAGAGGCUGAAAAGAAAAGGGAGGCUAAAAAGAUGAAGGAGGCUAAAAAGAUGGCUAAAAAGAUGGCAGAAAAGAAAGCAGAGGCUGAAAAGAACCUGAUAAGAUUUUCACAGAAACAAAGAAGUUUGAGGUCUGAUGACGUUAGGAUGAAAGCUCUCCGUAGUUCAGCUUCCUUUUCAGAUAUUCCACUGGGUCAAGCUCGGAGUGGAUCAAAUCAAAGUGAUUCUUCCUAUAGUUACGCGUGUGUCUCUUCUUUGAGCUCUUCUCCCAAAAGUCAAGAUAAAAGGGUUGAAACUGAACAUGAAGAGAUAGACGAUAAUCAGCUGGAGAUUGAUGAUCAAACUGAAAAGAAGGAAGACGACCAAUUAAAUGGUGAUGAAACAAUAUCUUUAUUAAGUGGUAAAAAGAUCCGGAUCUCAGAUAUUAAAAGUUUUGAUGAAAUUGAACCUCCAAAGGGAAGGAAACCGUCGCUAGAAGGAUCAGUAUCUCAUCCCAGAUCUCCAGGUUUUCAGUCUCAACCCGGAUCAUCCAAAUCCGUUUAUUUGUCCCAGUGUCCAGCUGAGAAUAAUACCCAGCUCGGAUCCAGCUCACAAGCCUCUGUUUACGGAACUCCCAACACCUCGCCUGAAAUUAAAUUAGUCACAAGGAUUGACGACAUAGUGUUUUCCCAAAGCCUUGGAACCACGAGAUCAGGAACAUUUUCUGGAAAUCAUUAUUCUAAAUCCCCGCUCGGAACAACAUAUUCUAAAUCUGCAGUUCCCAUGAAGCGAACUGAGCGAGGAAGAAGAGUUAUGGAUACGCGUGCUAAAAUCGUGGAGGCAAGCGUCAAAUCUGCUUCAAAAACUGUAAUUCCUUCCCCUAGAGUCAGUAUAAGUCAUCCUCCUGCUAGAAACUCGUCAAGUGAGUCGGAAAGUUCUAGAUCAAAUAUUAAUUCCGAUCCAAGAGAUGCUACUCCUGAAGCAACAAGAAACGCGCUAAAUCGCAAGAGUUCACAGAAAAUCUAUUCAAGCCAGGACUGUGAUCGGGACUCUCCUGAAACCUCUAAAACUGGAAAUGCAGAUUCAAGUUUUUUUACUAAAGAUGGAUUAAACUCCUCUGAUAAAGAUAUGUUUGAGAUUUCACCAAGCUCAAGUGUAAAGCCUGCUGAGGGGCAAGGUCUUGGGAAAUCAUUUAUUGAAACUUUGAAAGGAUGGUUAACAAGUAGUUUGAAAAAAAGAGUUGUCGAGGAAAGGGUAAAUUCUAGCUCUAGUUUACCGACACUGAGGACUAGAAAAUUAUCAAACCUUUUAGACCCAGAGUUGAGAAAAUCAUCAGUGCCUCCAGAAGCCGAGUUUAAAGAUUCAUCGAACCAAUCAGGUCCAGAGCUUAGAAAAUCGUCAAAACUCGUAGAUACAGAGGUUAGGAAAAGCUCAAGCCCUCGAGAAUUAAGUCAGAGAAAAAGUUUAAGCUCCCCAGAUGAGAAAUCUGACCAAGAUUCUGAGAGUAAUUUAAAUUUUGUCCAGUUUAGAAAGACGCGUAGUGAAACUUCAGUUGUGACUGAACCCAAGCUAAGAGAUGUGUUCGAAGUGUCGGACAAUCAGAACUGUCCAGGCACUGAAGAUAAAGUUAACCUCAAUAAAACAGAGUCUAAAGGUAGAGCUGACCUUAUCGAUUCUGAGAUGAGAAGAGUACUUAGAUUGCAGGUUCUAGUUGACAAUUCAGAUUCCUUCCUUACGGACGAUUUAGAUAUAACUGACGACCUGUCGAGCCAUUCGUUUAAUGUACUGGACGGACUUCACGGACCAACUGACAUAAUUGAUCAUGCGGACUGUAGGGAUGAACCAGGAGAUUUUACCCUUCAUGUCCUUGGUUCAAGACAGAAAUAUUUCUCCAGUGUUUUCAGUCCUAUGGAUAACUUACAUCAGAUCAGGAGGUUGGUAGAGUUUGUCCCUGAGUUAGUUACUGAGGAGGAUGUUAGACUGAAUGUAAGUGAUCUGAAGAAAGCUGAACCUGGCGAUUAUCUUCUACUCUGCCAGAUUCUGGAGUAUAGUUUUCCUAAAUGUACUCCGUUGUGUGGCUACUGUACUAGAUGUAGGAGACUAGAUCCCUUGAAUAUGUUCCUUAAAGAGAAGAGCGGAUUGGUUUGUGGCUGCUCCGGUAGGGCCGGUGGUGUAGAGAAAAUCUUCUUUUUUCUCCUCAAGGUUCGUGAUCAGACAGGACAUGAACUAGAAGUAGAAGUACGAGGACAGGAGGCCGUAGCGCUCAUGGGACAUCAUUUUAGUGAAAAUCGAAGAGAUGCUGAAAGACGAGAAUCCUGGUUUAAUUUUCUCCGAAAAUGUUUAGCGACUUUUAAGAUCAGAAAGAAGGAUCACAAAACCUACUCAGUCAUUGAGUCAAUACCUAAUCCAGCAGAAUAAACUUUAUGUAUUUCAUUAAUCAUCUGGAAACCUCAAUUGGAACAAAUUUAUUUUUCAGAAUUACAUAUUUUCAUUUUUG